CCGGAGCAGCCCGCGCGGAUCGCGUAUCGUCCGCUGCGCAUCGUUAGAUCCUCGUAGAUCGUCGGUGGAACGUGUUCAAUUGCAUUUCCGAUGUUCCUCUUCCGCUGAGAAUGACCGAUCGUCCGACCACAGGCUCCCAAGUGAUAGAAUCAUCCGGCAUGGCGGAGUCGUUGGAACAGAUGCCAAAGUCGGAGACGAUCAGGCUGCGGGAACGGCACAUCGGGCAAGCUUGCAAACUGUUCUACAAGUCGAAUCCGCUGAAGAUUGUGCGAGCAGAGGGCCAAUACAUGUACGACGAAAGGGGGAACCGCUACCUGGACUGCAUCAACAAUGUUGCACACGUGGGCCACUGUCAUCCAACGGUGGUGCGAGCCGGCCAGGAGCAAAUGGCUCUCGUCUCCACGAACAAUCGUUUCCUCCACGACGAUCUGGUGAUUUGCGCUCGCCGAUUGACCUCGCUGCUUCCGGAGCCGCUGUCAGUUUGCUUCCUGGUGAACUCUGGCAGCGAGGCGAACGACCUCGCCCUCCGACUGGCGCAGACGCAUACUGGGAACAAAGACAUCAUCGCUCUUGAUCAUGCUUAUCACGGACAUUUGACCUCGAUGAUCGACAUAUCGCCGUACAAGUUCAACAAACCGAACGGGCCCGGCAAGAAAGACUGGGUUCACGUGGCGCCGUGUCCGGACGUUUACCGAGGAAAGUACCGCGAGAUUGACUAUCCCGGCGAAGAUCUCGGGGCGAAGUAUGCGAACGACGUCCGGGAUAUUUGCCAAAACCUGGAGUCCCAGGGGAAAGGCGUUUGCGCGUACAUCGCCGAGAGCUUGAUGUCCGUCGGAGGACAGAUCCUACCUCCGCAGAAUUAUUUCAGGAACGUCUACAGGCACGUUCGAGAACACGGCGGUCUCUGCAUCGCGGACGAGGUUCAAGUUGGCUUCGGCAGAGUUGGAAGUCACAUGUGGGCGUUCCAGAUGUUCGGAGAGGACGUGGUGCCAGACAUUGUCACCGUAGGCAAGCCCAUGGGCAACGGCCACCCCGUGGCAGCUGUGAUUACCACCCCCGCUGUCGCAACGAGUUUCAAGGACACUGGGAUCGAGUACUUCAACACGUACGGCGGUAACCCAGUGUCCUGUGCGAUCGCGAACGCCGUGAUGGAGGUGCUGGAGCGGGAGAAUUUGCAGGAGAAUGCUCUGAAGGUGGGCAAUUACCUGAUGUCCGAGCUGAGGAAGUUGGCGAAGCGGUGGACGAUCAUCGGGGACGUUCGAGGCGCGGGUUUGUUCGCGGGUAUCGAGCUGGUCCGAGACAGGAUCGCGAGGAGCCCAGCCACGGAAGAGGCUAGGUACAUCGUCGCCAGGAUGCGGGAGAACAAGAUCCUGAUCAGCAGCGACGGUCCCGACGACAACAUCCUGAAGCUGAAACCGCCGAUGGUCUUUUCGAUCGAGAACGUGAAUCACCUGCUGACCGUCCUCGAAGAGGUCCUGCAGGAAGUCGACAUCGAGCUCCAACAGAAAUACGAGCCGGUGACGAUCAUAAAAGCUACGAUCUCGCAAAUGGACGUGGACACGGACAGCAGUAACCGCACCGCUGGCAAACCUCUCCUCGUUCGAGCGAAUUAACGGAGCGGAGAUGUACGUGUACAUCUACACGCGUACAUGUGUUUAUGCAUAACCCGCGGUGGAACGUAAUUUAUAGUAUUAUUGUUUGCGAACGUGAAUGAUUAUUGUUAUAUACGAGCCCGUUUGUAUGUGUGUUUGCCGUAACGCGUUACGGCAAGAACACCGUGUGUACAUAAAACAGCAGAAAACCGUGUAAUUAUUAAUUAAGAACCACGAGAAGGUGACUAGUGUAGAAUAAUAUAGUUUAAUUAUACAUGCUAUUUUUCGUUAUA